CAGAACGAGACAAGUCGCAGAAACGCGGAGGUCGCAUCGUCGCACCGCGUCGUGAUGCGUGGCGUGUCGGGGAUCACAGCGAGAUCAGCCAAAUAUCAGCCUGCUGCUGCCGGGCAAGCCUCCCCGCCGCCCCCGGCUCCCUCGCCGCGGUGUACCUCCCGCCGGCACUGUGCUCCUCACCCACAACGACGACACCGACCGUCACCCUCGUGCGACAAGCUUCUGCGCCCCCAUUGGCCCGCCCCCGGCAUUCCGGUAACCGUACAGGCUAAAUCAGGCUAGCCUUCACCAUCAUUUGUUUAGCACUGGCAGACCAGAAGGUCCCGACCGACGCACGGCUCUCCUUUCGCAGCUCACGCGGGCCAUGUCCGACAACGUCAACACUCCUGCGCGCAACUCCCACCGCAAGACGUUCUCCUUCCUUAGCUCCUCCUGGUUCACCUCCAAGCCACCUCUCCAACCCGCUGCACAACACCCCACGGACAGUGCACGCGAUGAACGGCGCGUAGACAGGACCCCCACACCCGCGCCACCAGCUGCCUCCACCCGUUCCAGGGACACCGACGACACAAGCUACCCUCGUACCCCGCACUCUCCCUUGUCCGCACACUUCCUCCUGCCCAAGCCGAGCCUGCAAAAUAUGAGGCUCGCGCGUAAAGUCAAGAAACUCAAUCGCGACGCGGACGACAAGUCCAAGUCCAAGCAGCGCCCACGCGUCGGCGACAUGCUCGAGGAUCCCUACUCGCUCAUGACAAUGUCCCCGGGCCUGCUCAUUCCGCCCUCACCAUCCCCAUCCACCACCUCGUUCCUCGAUUCCGAGCCGCGUCCGAGAUCGCUUAAGCGCAGCGCGACAGUCGGCAAUCAGCCCAGCGGGCAUGCGACUGGUCAGUCUGUUGGGGUGCAACGCGCACGUUCUAUAGCAGCUUUGCCGUCGUCACUGGCACCGCCCGAUCCUCAUAUUGCAGAGCCGGGCGAGCGAAGUUUGUCCCCAGUUAUCUUCGCCCCACGCGAGGAGACCAGCCAGCCCCCCUCCGAGACGAGCAGCGCGCUCUACUCCGAGUCGCUCGUUCCGUCCAAAGCACCGUCGCUCAUUGAGGAAGAGGAAGAGCCACCGUCUCCCGUCUCCGAGGUACCCACGACCGCGGUCUCACAACGCUUUCGUAACAUCUCUUCAGACGGCACCGGUGAGAAGUCUCACGCUCGCCUCGCGUCCUCCACGUCGUCCCUCUCAAAAGCCACGAGGGCUUCCAAGGACAGAGCCCCAGCAGACGUGUCGCCACACCAACAGGAACCCUCCGGCUCCUCGUCUUCGUCUCAGCAAGCACCGCCUCUCAUCCGACGUCGCUCACCGUCGCCCCGGGCCAUACCUGUCUUUGACGGCGACCUCCUUACGAAUCCUUCGCAGCGAUCGUUGUCCCUACGUCGCGCGCAGACAUCGCGUAGCUCACGACGACUCAGUCUGGAUCUCCGCAACCUCUCACCGGAGCCCUUCAAGGGCGGCCCGUCGCGCCUCAAGAAGAGUCGCUCCGCGCUAGCAACAUCGUCGAAACGUACGCUGAGGCCCGACGCGGCCGACGAGUUGGUGGAUUCGUAUCUGAGUCAGAGCGCGGAUGAGGUGGAAGAGCCGGUGGACGAGAAGCAGCAUGCGUUGAAUGUCAGACGGGCGAAGAAGAUGAUGCAGCUCUUCGGCGACAAACCACCCAAGGAGCUCUUCCAGGUCCGCUCACAUAGGAUCAAGGACGACAUGAUCGACACCAUCUCCAUCCUCACGACUGUGUCCGAGAACCGACGCGAUUCGCGUGCUACCUUCACCUCAGUCACGUCUAGCAUCAGCAUUCGCCGUCGCCUACGCGACUCCGUUCAAUCUUCCAACUCCGAGCCUCCGUCGCCCCUGGUCUUCAGCCCCUCUGAAGGGUUGAACGGGUCGCGACAAGGCACUCCGGAGGAUGUCAAGGAGAACGUCCCGGCUGAACCAGUGGAGGCUAAGGACAACGCUCAGGCUGAACCGGAGCCACAAGUAGAGGCCGAACCACACGCCGCAACAGAUGCGGCACCUCCCGCAACCGAGCAAGCCCCGACAGGCGCAGCGGGGACCUCGAUAUCACCCUCACGCCCGUCGGUGCAUUCGCGUCCCGGCACACCUGUCUCUCGCCGUUCAUCUAGCGCCCGCCCGCGAUCCACCUCCGCCGGCUCCUACUCCCGUUCGCGCAGCCAUUCGCGCAGCCACUCGCUGCACUCGCAGGCGCCCUUCAUCUCGGAACCGCUCCCACCGCUGCCCGUGAGCUCGAUCACCGCCAACCCCAGUGCGCCCUUCUCCGACCUCGUCCCCUCGCCCCCGUCCCUGCCCCCCUUGCCGACGAGUGAGGCGAGGGUAGACGCAGAGCAGCUCGAGCGCGAGCGCCAGGACGCGGUGAGCCCGCCCCCGGAGAACUUCCGUGCGCGCCGGAUCCGUGCAGCGAAGCUGUCGCGCUUCUUCGGCGUCGCGCCGCGCGACCUCACGGACGUGCUCGCGAACGGUCCGCCCGCAUCGCCGACGUUCUCAAUUGGGCCGCAUUCCAUGGCGCACACCGUGCACGAGGGCCGCCCGAAGACGCCCAGGCAGGACGUACUGUCGUCGUUCGGGUCCAAGGAGAUGUCGAGCACGCCGUCGUUGCCGCUGCAGCAUCAGCCCGAACGCUCGAUGUCCCAAGAACGGCAGGACAUCACGGUAGAGGUCGCGGCAGAUCUCCCGCGCCCAUUCAGGCUUGGACGUGAAAAGAGGCCGGAGCUCGAUAUGGAGGCGGUGCUAGACCAACUCCGGAGGAUGAGGUGAAUCUCGACAGCAUGCUUCAUCUCGACAUUAAUAAUGACCGGCGUCGUCUCACCCCUGCUGGUGAGUGGCCGUACGAAAUCUCAUGGUGGACAUCUGCGGGUCUCUCGUUGAAAUUUGUUAUCAUUGUCGACACGGUUUGCUUGUGUGGCAACCGUCGUUCGGCUGCUUAUCAUACCAUUCGCCACUACAUAUUAUUCUUCAUCCUAUGUCGCAUGGUGUAAUUGCCGCUAGUAUACCCGCUACUCAUAUGCUCUCUGGUACUGAUACGCACCCAACAUCCGUCAUUCGUUAAAAUCAUUUGCACGAGUACUUAUCCUAGUACAGUUCGCUGUGUUGUUGUUUGCACACGUAGUAGUCUGGACCCAGUACCAACCCUAUAUUCAAUCGUCUCUUGCACACUACUCCGGUCAUCCAAUGUCUUCAGUCUCUC